CCACCUCUAGUUGAGUAAUUUAAUUCGUCGAGUUGAAAUAAAGUAGAACUUACUCUUCGUACUAUAGUUUUUCUCGUGUCUUCUUGUUGAGUGCUCUGCCUGCCAGGUGACUUCAAAUCAGUGAUGAGUGGUACGCGUGAAGAGAUUUUGGAUCAAAUUAAAGUGCAGGGCGAUUUAGUGCGUCAAUUAAAGGCAGCCAAGGAGCCAAAGGAGAAGAUAGAUGAGGAAGUCUCUCGUCUAUUGGCUCUGAAAGCCAAAUUGGGUGGCGAUGCACCGGUUAAUCAAAAAUUCACGCUGAAAACACCAAAAGGCACACGUGAUUAUGCGCCACAGCAGAUGACCCUGCGGCAAGGUGUCCUCGACAAGAUUGUACAGGUGUUUAAGCGUCACGGUGGCGAAGCUAUCGAUACGCCCGUCUUUGAACUCAAGGAAGUGCUGACCGGAAAAUACGGUGAAGACUCGAAGCUUAUAUACGAUCUUAAAGAUCAGGGCGGCGAAAUAUUAUCAAUGCGCUAUGAUCUAACUGUACCAUUGGCCCGCUAUUUAGCCAUGAAUAAGAUAUCAAGCAUAAAACGUUAUCACAUAGCCAAAGUGUAUAGACGCGAUAAUCCUGCCAUGACACGUGGACGUUAUCGUGAGUUCUACCAAUGUGAUUUUGACAUUGCCGGCACUUAUGACCCGAUGAUUGCCGAUGCGGAAUGUGUGAAAAUCGUAGCCGAAAUUCUAGACACACUCGAUUUGGGCGAAUAUGUGAUUAAACUAAAUCAUCGUCAGCUGUUGGAUGGCAUGUUUGAGGCUUGCGGCGUGCCAGCGGAUAACUUCCGUGCUAUAUGCUCGGCCGUCGAUAAGUUGGAUAAGUCACCAUGGGAGGACGUGCGUAAGGAGAUGGUUGAUGAAAAGGGCCUAGAUGGAGCUACAGCAGAUAAAAUUGGCGAAUAUGUGCGGCUGAGUGGGGGCACAGAGCUGGUUGAGAAACUUUUGGCCGAUCCCAAACUGAAGGCUGUGCCCAAUGCCGUCAAAGGUCUCGAAGGCAUGCAAUUACUUCUCAAAUAUUGUUCUCUCUUGGGCCUGGAGAAGGCAAUCAGUUUCGAUUUGAGUUUGGCCAGAGGUUUGGACUAUUACACCGGAGUGAUCUAUGAAUGUGUGCUAAAGACAGAGCCGCCAUUAAGCCUACCAGCAACUCCGAUUAAGACAUCCGCUCAAAAUGGCGGCGACCAGCAGGAUCAACAGGGUGGCGGAGGGAUUGUUGGCUCCGUAGCCGGUGGCGGGCGCUACGAUAACUUGGUCGGAAUGUUUGAUCCACGUGGCAAGGCUGUACCCUGUGUGGGCGUGUCGAUUGGCGUAGAGCGUAUAUUCUCGGUGCUAGAGGCCAAAUUCGCGGCAAGCAAGGUGAAAUUGCGUACCAAUGAUGUCGAGGUCUACGUGGCAUCGGCCCACAAAGGCUUGCACGAGCAGCGCUUGCGUGUCCUCAAUCAGCUGUGGCAGGCAGGCGUUAAAGCUGAACACUCGUAUAAACUUAAUCCAAAACUCUUGGCCCAGCUGCAGCAUUGUGAGGAGAAUCAAAUUCCCUUGGCCAUCAUACUGGGAGAUGCAGAAUUGUCGCAAGGCGUGGUUAAGCUGCGCGAGGUAGUGACGCGGCAAGAGGCCAGCGUCAAAUUGGAUGACCUGGCCGAGGAGAUAAUUAAACGUAGACCAAAGGACUAAUUGCGGAACUUGUGUGUGGUCAAACCAGCUGCUGCUCCUCCUCGCUACAUUUGGAUAUUACAACAUAUACACACAUAAUGUGUUCCUUUUUUUUUUUUGUUUUUUGCCUUGAUAUAUGUAUGUGUCCGUGCUAUUAUUAUUAAACAUAAACAGAACUGUAGAAGAAUAAGUUUAUAGACAACUUGUACCAAAACUGGAGACUAAAAAGAGAAUUAAUAAAUAUUGCAUUAAACGCAUUCGCAUUUAAAAAAGAAAA